AUGGAUUCUAAGAUGUGUCUUUUACUCUCUGCUCUCCUCCUUUCCCUGAUCAUCAAUGAGUCGCUGACCAAUGAUGUGAAUAUUAACUUUAAAGUCCUAAAGAGAACGAUGGAGAAAAGCCUUCAGCAACCCAAACCAGGUAAUGCAAAUAGUAGGAGUGCAGCAACGAAAGAGAGAGCAGAUGAACAGCCUUCCAAUAGAAGCCUUGAUGUUUUUUAUGGAACAACUAUGAGCUGGGCUUCGUUUUCAGGCUCUGUCCCCAGUGGAGCUGUGUCUUACUGGAACAACUACGCUAAGAGGGAUGAAUAUCCUUGCAUGGUUUCAGACUGUUCUGCUGGCUACUACAGUCCCAGACGGGGUCCUUACUGCUAUUAUCCAUAUGGAAACAAAGAACACUCCACUUCUCGGUUCUGGAUUUUGGUGAAUGGUCAUGACUUGGAAUUCCUAAGCUGGAAGGGGGGUUCAUGGGGCAAUGUCCCAUCCAAUUCCAUCAAUACUUGCUCAGGUGUAAGACUAUAUGUUGGUAAAAAUAAGUAUGGAUUAGGGAAGGUAGAUAGUAAAAAUAAAGCCUUCUUCAUUGGUAUGAAUGGCAAGGAAUACUGGUAUAAACAGUAUGAUGUCCUGACCAUUAAUAAAAAUUAUCGCUCUCAGAGCAUCUCCAAUGUCAAUUAUGACCUAAGCAAGGGAUCCUACAGUGAGGGAGGCAUGGUAUUAGCCUCCAGCAAACUCACCAACAAAGACUGUAGAGCAGUGAAGAAGUCAACCACCUUGUCAGGAACGGUGACUUCUGAACAUUCCUGGGAUGUUGGCAUGUCUAUCUCUCAGAGCAUCAGCUUUAGUAUGACAGCAGGGAUACCUAACAUCUUUGGAGGAUCAUGGGGCAUUUCAUCAGAGAAAACCUUUAACUGGAAUAAGGGUUAUACAUACAGUGAGUCAGUCACAUAUUCUGAAACAAUUGAGAUUGAAAUCCCACCCAACCACAGCUGUGAGUUGGUAAUGAAUGGCACAAAAAUGAGGGGACGGGUUCCCUUCACUGCUACAGCCAAUCGUUAUUAUUAUGAUGGAACACAUCGGAGUGCCACUGUCCGAGGUGUCAGCUUCAAUGUAGUUGGGAUAAAAGGAGAUUCACAAGUUGAACGCUGUGUCCCGAUUCCGAAUCCUCCCCCCUGCACUGGAUAG